AUGCUCCCUGAUCUUCAAGUCCCGCGACUGAUACUGAUUAUGAAUGCUACGUCCAUCGGAGUGGCCCCUGAAGGUCAUGUCUUUGCACCUUUUCUAAUGCACUCUCUUAUAACCCCCUUAAUUGCUGUCCUCAUUAUACACCGCAUUCUUCUGAUCAUCCAGCGCAUCUAUUUCCACCCUCUCUCUUCGUUCCCGGGCCCAAAAUUGGCAGCUGCAACAUCUCUUUACGAAACGUGGCAUGCCCUCUUUUCACGCUCACCACUGUCAUGGCCUGAACACCAGCGAUUUGUUCUGCACCCCAAAUAUGGCCCUGUUGUGCGCAUCCGGCCAAAUGCCUUGCACAUAUCUGAUCCCGACGCCUUUCGAGAUGUUCACAAGGUCGGCAGUAAGUUUACAAAAGCAAAAUACUUUUACGUUCCCUUCCGCCUCUCCAAUGCGCUUUUUGGUUCGACGGACCCGGAUUUCCACCGAAAAAGACGUUCGCUCAUUGCACCCAUGUUUGCCAAGGGUGAGGUGAUCAAGCUCUACGAGGGCUUGAUAAAAGGCAAGCGGGAGAUGAUGGUGGGGAACAUCAGAUCGUUCCUGGAAAGGGGUUCCAGUGUGGUGAACAUGAAGAAUGCACUGGCUGGGCUAGUCGUUGAUGUCGCGGCAGAGGCCAUCUGUCAGACAUCCUACGGGUAUGUUUGUUUGAUCUGGGUUGUUCAAAAGCCUGCCUAUGCUUACCGUGCAUCAGCUUGUUGGAAACUGACACGCUCGAGGCACACCCCCCUUACGAGCUCAGUCGACAUGCUCGCGCAGUCCUGGACAAUAGUCAAGUACUUUCCUCCCGUCGUGCCGAUUCUCGAGGUCGUCCCUCAAUCUAUCAUGACAAAGUUGAUCCCUGCUGCCACCGGACAAGCCAUCAUCAGAAACACCACAGCAGUCGAAGUGUUUCAAAUUAUGAACGAGCAAAAGAGGCCUGCCGAAAAGCCAAGAAGCAAAGAGUCAUCAAUCAUCGCUAGGCUGUUGGAUUCCCUGGACCCAAACACUGUCAUUGCCGAGGGGUACACAAUACUGGGAGCAGCAUUGCACACUACACUCUGGUCGCUGACCCGGACUGCGUACUUUCUGGGUGCCUACCCUGCCGUCCAAAACAAGCUGUUUUCAGAACUGAAAGCAGCCUUCCCCGACAAAGGCUCAGACAUCACCAACUCGUCUCUGGAGGCUCUGCCCUAG